AUGAGUGAGACUGGCGAGGCGACCCUGAGGAUAGUAGGCGUGACUUCGGAGGACGACAGUGUUUCCACCUGCAUCGCCGCUAACGACCUGGGCUCCGUGACAUCAUCAGCCAGCCUCAGAGUACUAGUUGUGUCCAGUGAUGGGGUCAGGGUGAGCUGGAAAGACAACUUUGAGUCCCACUACACUGAGGUGGCAGAGCUGGGCAGAGGCCGGUUCUCUGUGGUCAAGCGUUGCGAACACAAGUCGACCAAACGCACAGUGGCGGUCAAGCUGGUUAAUAAGAAGCUGAUGAAAAGAGACCAGGUGACCCAGGAGCUCAGCCUGCUACAGCGACUACAACACACACACCUGGUCACACUGCUGGACACGUACGAGACCCUCAGCAGCUACGCGUUGGUCAUGGAGAUGGUUGAUCAGGGUCAUCUCCUGUACUACAUUGUGAGCUGGGGGAAUGUCGCUACGCUACUUUAG